AUGGCUACAGAAAAUGGAUUUCAGAAAAAAUGCGCUAAAAAAGCAGUUAUGUUCAUGAAAAGCACAGAUAAUUUCAUGAAAAUUGAUGAUCAAGAGAUAGUAGAAGCAUUAAGUAGCAAGCAUCAUUCCCUUUUGUACUAUUUGUACUUGAAAAGUGGAAAUAAAAGCAAAGCACUUGAAACUCUUCAAAAAGCUAGAACAUCAAGAUUCGCAAUUGCCCAAGUAAAGGAGAUUAUAUUCACGUAUAUUUAUUUUGAAGACUUUAAUGGUGCCUUGAAAUACAUUAAAACAUAUGACAAUUUGGUACCAGAGAUUGUUCCGUUGGAAUGCUUAAUUAAUAUACAUCUGGCUGAUAAGUCUAGCAAUAAUAUAGACGAUGUGGUAUUUUCCUAUGUUUCAAAAGGGCUUGAAACCUUUUAUGAUAGAAAUUUACUUGAGAUUUUUAAAGAAUUUUACUUGAAUUCACCAAACAAAAUAGCAUUCAAGAAGAGGUUUGAAGAUAUUAACGACACCAUUCUGACACUAUAUUACAAUAAUCUUACAUAUAAGGAAGCUAAAUAUUUGUAUAAGAUUAUGCCUGAUAAGUUAUCUUAUUUGAAAAAAAUGGUUGAAACCAAUCCUUUUAUUAAAAAGAAAUAUUAUUUCCAGUAUGCUAACAAAUGUGGAAUUCACAAAGAAGAUAUCAUGCGUAUUUUAUCUGUAAAAUAUCGUACGUGGGCAAUGAGCAUUGCUUUAUUUAAUGGAUGGCUUGAUAAAUCAGCUAAAACGGCAUUUGAGAUUGGAAACAAGGCAUGUCCGAAGUUACUGAAUAAGCUAGGGAAUUGGAAUUGUGACUACUCAAAAUUUAUGUGUUUUUCAAGAAAGCACACAACAGAUUAG